CCCCCGCCGCUCUCCAUGGUUAGGCCAGGCGCCAAAAGCGGCGGCGGGGCGAUGGCUGCGGAGGGGAUGGCGGCGGUGGCGGCGGAGCUGCAGCCGGAGGGGGAGGUCGGCGGCGAGCCGGAGGGUGGGCUCGGGCAGCUGCUGGACGAGGAGGAGGAGGAGGAGGAGGAGGAGGACGCCGGCUAUGUGCUCUACAGGGACAGGAAGGAAUGGGCAGACAUUGAACCUGUCCCUCAAAAUGAUGGGCCAAAUCCUGUUGUUCAGAUAAUCUACAGUGAAAAAUUUCGCGAUGUCUAUGAUUAUUUCCGGGCUGUUCUGCAGCGGGAUGAGAGAAGUGAAAGAGCUUUCAAGCUAACAGCAGAUGCCAUUGAGUUAAAUGCUGCAAACUACACAGUAUGGCAUUUCCGGAGAGUCCUCCUGCAGUCCUUGGGAAAGGAUCUCCAUGAGGAACUUAAGUAUAUUACAGCUAUCAUUGAAGACCAGCCAAAGAACUACCAAGUCUGGCAUCACAGACGGGUGUUGGUGGAGUGGCUGCAGGAUCCAUCCCAAGAGCUUGAGUUCAUAGCUGACAUUCUUAACCAAGAUGCCAAAAAUUACCAUGCGUGGCAACACAGACAAUGGGUUAUUCAGGAGUUCAAGUUAUGGGACAAUGAACUGGAAUACGUAGACCAGCUUUUGAGGGAGGAUGUGAGAAACAACUCUGUUUGGAACCAGCGACACUUUGUAAUUUUCAACACCACCGGCUAUGAUGAUCCAGCAAUACUAGACAGAGAAGUCCACUACACUCUUGAGAUGAUCACAGCAGUGCCACAUAAUGAGAGCGCUUGGAACUAUUUAAAAGGGAUUCUACAGGAUCGUGGUCUUUCUGAGUAUCCAAAUCUGUUAGAGCAGCUGUUGGAUUUACAGCCCAGCCACAGCUCACCCUAUCUGAUUGCCUUUCUUGUGGACAUGUAUGAAGAUAUGCUUGAAAACCAGUGUGAUAACAAGGAAGAAACACUAAACAAGGCAUUGGAGCUGUGUGAAAUUCUGGCUAAAGAAAAAGACACCAUCCGAAAGGAAUACUGGAGGUAUAUUGGAAGGUCCCUUAAGAACAAGCACAGCUCAGGCACUGAACAGAGCACACUGACAGACAAGCAGCAGUAACUGAACAUGGAAGAAAACAGUGCUAAGCUCUCAAGCUAGAACAGCUAGUAAAGCAGUACUAAGUAGGGUCAUCAACUAGUUUAAUCUAGUGUAGUAUUCUCCUGGUGAAGAGGUAUUGCAAUGAAAGAGGAGUGCAGAGUGCUGUAUAGUCUUGGGUCGCUGCUGCUACUGGUGAUAGCUCUAGGUGCAGUCAAGAAAUGUAUUAAGGCUUAAUUAUUGAAAUGUACCAAAUGAAGGGUUUUUUUCCUAAUAAUAAAUACAUAAAACUGUGCCUGCUAUUUAUAAGGCACUAAACCAAUUUCUCAUGCCCUGGCUUAUCCACUCAUGGUUCCUAGCACAGCCACAUCACAUGCUGCAGUAAUGACUGCAGGUGACUUAGCUGCAGUGGAUAUGAAGUAACCUACUUCUGGUUAGUGCAAGCAGGUGCUGCAGUUGUUGCCUGAUGUGCGAGCAGCUAUGCAACACUUGACAGCACAUGCUAUUGUAUGCAACUAACACCCAAGUGUCAUUUUUUAAUAAAAAUUGAUAACUUAAAAGUAUUUGACAUUUUUUAGUUUGUUUCUUUUGGUUUUUAGAUAUGCGUAGUCAGUUCUUCUCAGAUGCUAAUAGAGAUAAAAUACCCGCUUUUGGGGAUAUUGGAUUCUAUGGCAUUGAGGUGUCUUUUGCACUGGAGUAUUCUCAUCCCAGAAACAUUCCAUACACUUGACGUAUUCAGUGGAGCCUUGAAUUCUUAUAUGCACAGUCAAGAAAAAUGCUUUGAGGACCCUAGAAGAUCUCCUUAGUUUUUUCUUGGAAUUCUGUUCAGACAGCUGAAAAUCUGAAAUUCUUUUUUUUCUUCACCCUUUGUAACCAGACCCAACUGAAAUUAUACGUCAAAGAGUUUACAACUAACUGGUUAGGUUAUGUAUCUUCACUGAACUGGAGGGGAAGGAAUGGUUUUAUUGGGGACCUAUUCGCAUUAAAUGUCUUAACCUUGUUGCUUCUAUAGGCUUUUCAUAUCAUCUCCAUGCAUAUAUUCAGCCAAGAAGUAUUUUUCCUCCCCUUUAUGAAAGAUAAAAGGCACCUCCAGUACAGAACUGCAAAAGAUGUGUGUACUUGUACAAGAAAAGUGCUGCAUCUGCCCUGUUUUCAGUAAAUGGCUAUUGCAAACUGUGUUUUUAGCAUGGAGUGCUUGUCUGAUAUGAAAUAUUUUCUUGGAGAUGAUCAUAAAGAGAACAAAUAAAUACCAGUAUUUAUUCCAUAAUAUGAACAGUCUUUCUGAUACUAAACAUUAAAAGCUGCUGCUGUAAUUAAACCACAGUGGGAUUAUUUUAAAUGCUUGAAAUAUGUUAAUUAAAUGCAUUCUUUAAAUUUAAAACAACUCAUGGGGAGUGGAAUUAAUAUAUGAAAGCUACAUGGUUUUUUUUUUAAUGUUUGUGCUGCUUUCCCAGCAGUAGAGAAAACAUGUUUAUAGUGAUAUGUGAACAUUUAAAAUGGACAUGAACUUCAAACUUUUAGAGAUUUGUUACCUACUUUUUUUUUUUGCCCUUUUUUUUUACCACAGUUGAAGCUCCAGCAUAGAACAAAAAGUGUAUGUUUUUACCCCCAUGAAUUGUUCCUAACUGAAACUACACUAAAUGUGGAGUACUGAUCAGACAGGAUGUUCAAGGUCUUCAGUACAAAGUAAUGUAUUUGCCACUACCAGUCAAGAAAGCUCAGAGAGAUACAACAGACAAAUGCAAUCCUUAAACAUCAUCAGUGAAGAGGGAACAGAAUUUUGCCUCUUCUUAGGGUAUUACUAAGUUCCCAUAUCUUUCAUAAACAAAAUUCAGAGGCAGAGUAUUCUUUAUAGACACUGGCAUGAAUUUCGGAGAAAAUAGCUCAGUCCAAGGUAAGAUGAGGAACAGUGUCCACUGGGACAGUGUAUUUUGGGAUGUGACCUCUCAGUCACUUGUGGUCUGAGGGAAGAUUUUAGAUUUUGCCCUGUUUUGCUUCUGUGUCAAGAAUGAUGGGACCCUCUGACAGGACUCUUAGACUAUUUUCUUACAUGUGGUCAACUUAUGGCCUUCUUAUCCUUGAAAAUGAUGUCUAGAAGUAAUCGGUAAUCUACUGACACGGUUAGUAGGGUUUUAUACUGGUUAUACAAGCAUAGUGAUACUUGCAAAGAUAAUGCCAUUUCUGAGCUAAGUUUACCAGUGAAGGAAUAACUGGAUACGUACUUUAACAGAAAAAUACCUCAUCUCAUGUAAAACAAAUGUGUGACCAAACAAAUCAUGCAAAUCCUAAGAAAAAAACAUGCUGGAGACUAGAGUCCAGUUUAAAAAAAAAAAAAAAAAAAAAAAGUCAUGUUUUAACAGAACUGUUCAGUUUUUCUUUCAGAUGUUUAUGUUUACUGUAAUUCAGAUUGCAAGGAAGCUCUAAAAUUCUCUUCAAAAGGCACCUCAAUUCUGUGGUAGUCAACCAUACUCAGAAAUACUGAGCUGUCAGAGCUUGGAAAAUGGCAGCCUGCCCAGCAAGGUUGCAACUGCAGCUACCAAGCCUUUAAUUUUAAAAAUGUGUCUGAGACAGAAUCUUUCUCAUGGAAGUGGGAGCUUGACAAAAUGUAUGAGCUAUAGAGAAAAGGAUCUUAUAGUAGGAAUUGUUAGAUGACUUUUAACCUGUAGGCAUUGGUACUGACUACUUAUGAUCGGGAGAUAAACCCAACUCAUUUGUCCUAAGGGUUCAUCUGUACAAGAAAACCUACUCGUUACUGAUUGUGUGUAGUGAUGUGACUCUUGUGUACAAUUUUAUUACUGAAGAGCUGUGCUGGAAUGGAAAACUGUAUUGAUACAACUGUCCCUUGUAAAUCAGUGUAAUUGGAACAUUCAGUGAAGUUUGGAGAAUUAUUAAAGCAUGUGAAAUAAUUCCUUA